GAACAUGUUCAUUGUUGCAGUGUCGACGGUGGAUGUGGACGCGGUGCUGGGUCGUACGGCGUCUCUCCCCUGUGACGUCACACCCGACGCUAAUGAAGACAGGGUCUAUAUGGUGCUGUGGUUCCGGAAGAGUGGGGGCAAACCUAUAUAUAGUUUCGACGUCCGUGGGCGAUCGUUCAACAAGGCCUUACAGUGGUCAGACCCGGGCGCGUUCGGACCCCGGGCCUACUUCGCAACAGUCGCCCGACCAGCAGCGCUCACACUCAGCUCAGUGCAACUAGACGAUGAAGGCGUCUACAGGUGUAGAGUAGACUUUAAGAACUCGCCCACGAGAAACUUCCAAAUCAGACUAACUGUAAUAGUACCUCCUCAUCAAAUGCUGAUGUAUGAUAAGUCUGGCGCGGAUGUGUCUGGCGUGGUGGGUCCUUUGGAAGAGGGAACUGCCUUGGUGCUAGUGUGUGAAGUUCGGGGAGGCCGUCCCGAACCAACAGUAUCCUGGUGGAUAGAUGGGACGCCAGCCUCCCAAUACAUAGGAGUCAAGACAGACACACACGUCAUCGUCAAUCGCUUAGAGUUACAGCAUUUGAAGAGAGAAGACCUAAACACCACGUUCAAGUGUCGAGCUUCCAAUACAAACUUGGUUCCUCCACAAGAAAAAGUCGUCAGGCUUGAGAUGAAUUUGGUUCCAUUAUCAGUAUCUUUACUCAACCGGCCACAACAGCUGCUGUCUGCUGCAGCAGCAACUCUUCGAUGUGUAUCAGAAGGCAGUCGACCACCAGCUCACAUAGUCUGGUAUAAAGACAACAGGAGUUUUGACAGAAAUAUGGUAACAGACCAUUCAAACGAGACGUGGUCGGUUAGUACGUUGGUGUUCAGCCCAAGCCCUGCUGACAACGGAGCUAUAAUCAAAUGCGUGGCUGCCAACCCUAGCUUACCCACCAAGUCAAUAGACGACCAACUACAGCUCAACGUUGUAUACAGUCCCCUAGUGUCACUGACGCUCGGCAGUACGCUCAACCCUCACGACAUCAAGGAAGGCGACGACGUGUACUUUGAGUGCAACGUGCGCGCCAACCCUAGAGAACAUCGCAUCUCCUGGUUCCAUAACGACAGGCCAGUGAGUCAAAAUAUGACGUCAGGCAUUAUAGUCAGCACGCGGUCACUAGUUCUACAAAAAGUGACCAGAAGAGAAGCCGGUAGUUACUCCUGCAAGGCGGCUAACGCGAGAGGGGAGACUUCCAGCAAAGUAGUGACCUUGAGAGUUCAAUAUGCUCCCGUGUGUGGUGAGACAUCACCACAAGUGGUGGGGGCAGCGUUAGACGAAGCGUUGCGCGUGCGCUGCUCAGUGCACGCUGAUCCUGCUGACGUCACGUUUCUGUGGCAGUUUAACAACAGCGGCGAGAGUUUUAACGUCUCACCUGCUAGAUAUGGUACAGUGAAUGGCAGUAUAAGUGAACUUCGGUACACACCAGCCAGUGAGCGCGACUACGGCGCGUUGACCUGCCGCGGUACCAACACAGUGGGCAGGCAGGCGCAACCCUGUGUCUUCCAAAUUGUUCCAGCUGCUCGCCCGUCACCACCGAGGAACUGCACAGUUUCUGCUGGCAAUGGGUCCAAUUGGAUCGAGGACUCGAGUCGAGAGGACUAUGGCGAGCCUCUGACUGUGCGCUGUGUCACCGGCUAUGAUGGAGGUCUACCUCAACUGGUUGUGUUAGAAGCAUUGGACUCGGAGAAUGGGAAGAUCAGGUUCAAUGUCACUGCUAAUGAGACUGACGGUGUAGCUGUAUUCCUAGUACCGGCCGGGGUGCUAUGGUCCAGUGGCAGUGCACUCAGGUUGACAGUGCAUUCGAGGAAUGAUAAAGGAGCUUCGGACCGCAUCAUGUUGCAUGCACUUGCGUAUCAAGACCCUGAGAGAAGGACAGAUGGUGGCAACAGUCUAAUGGCCGGUGUCUCGAAAGCUGCUUUCUGGUCGAUUAUCUUCACUGCCAUAAUCUGCGGAUGCGCGGCCAUUUUCACGGGAUAUUUUCUACGAAGAAAAAGAAGUAAUCCUCCUACAAAGCAACAGUCGUCGGAGCUCCAGCUGAACGCAGGCGACGGGCAGUACGUGGUGGCCUACACUUUAAAGCCCCCGAAACAAGCGCAGCCGGACAUAUUGAACCCACCGCCAGACGGGGCGCCGCCGAGCGCGAAGUGUGUUACAGAGGCGGCCACGAAAAAUGGCGCACUCCAUCCAACCGAGGAGUGGGGGAGUGAGCGCGCCAGCGCAGCGCUUGACGACCAUCGACCCGUACUGUCGCCGAAAGCAAUUUUAAAUAAACCACCUGUACCACUUGGCGCGAUGACGUUAAGUAGGAGAGAGCAUCUCAUAGCCGAAGAAAUACCAGGUCCAGAGAGUUGUGUAUAA